AUGCCGCUUCUGUUUUCCAGAGCUGCUGCUGCUGCAGCGUCAGCAGCAGCAGCAACAACGGCAGCAGCAGCAGCAGCGCGGCGCUGCCUCAGGGGAAACGAGAAGGCCAAGGUGGUGAAGAGACAAGCGGAUAUGCUUCGCAACUUCGCCACCAAACUGCCCCCCGAAACAAGAGACAAAGUUAUUUUUCGUUUUCCGAAAAUGGCGCUGGCAGUUGGAGACGAAGAAUGCGAUUUCAUGAAAAAAAGAUUUCAAACUUUUAAACCUCUUUUCUCUUCUUUGCAACUCGUCGGCAAAACAGAGAUAUGCGAGCUGGAGCCGCGCGUGGGAAUGAAGAGCAGCAGCAGCCCGCGAGAUGACGAAGUUUGCGGCCUUUUCGUUCCCAAUGAACAUACUGCUGUUAAUUACAUUUCCCUGGCAGAAGCUUUCGUCAGCGCAGCCAAACAAGCAGCAGCAGGAAAGGCCCGCUUUGUUGUCGUCAGCGCCUGCGGGCAUUCUCUCCUCUUCGCCCAGCGGCUGGGCUACGGCCUCGAGUUCUCCUGCCUGCCAGUCGCGGGCUCUUUCUACUUCGCAGACAAAAUGCUGAACGGGAAGGUGUACACAGUGCAGGACGCGCGUCUGCCGUUUGCUGCAGUGCACGGAGACCCGGACAUUUUGCUGCUGGGGAAAACGCGGUUCGGGCCCACGGCGCUGCCGCUGCCGCUGCUGGAAAGAAAUAAUUUAAAAACAUUUUUUGAUUUUGCAAAAUGCGUGAAGCCCGACUGGCGGCUGGCUCAGGUGUACGUACAGCUCCUCAACACCGCCUACAUGCGCGCCUACGUCUUCAAGAACUUCCUCUUCGAAGUGCCCGCCCUCAACCUCCACCUCUUCGCCAAAGACUUGAGAAAAAUAAUUCCUUCAAUCCAAGUUGAAGACUUAACUUACGCGAAAGGCUUUGGGGGCAUUCGCCCGCAGCUGAUAAACAAAACCGAGAAGAAGCUGCUGCUGGGCGAAGGCAAGAUUGUGACAGGAGAAAACAUAAUUUUCAACAUAACGCCUUCGCCGGGGGGCACCACAUGCUUGGGCACUGCAGAGACAGACAUGCGGGAAAUAGUGAGAGAGCUGCAGGCGAGCAUUGACGAGGAGAAGUUCAGAAAAGUUCUUUUGCAAGGAGAGUACCCCGUUGGCAAUUAG